AUGACCCUCAAAUCAUCUAUGCGGUCUCUACUAGCUAAGGCCACAGGGCCUAGGCGACUCAGUGUUACAAUCAAACCAGAUCAAGACUAUGUUUUUCUCAGCGGCCACGGCGCUGAAGCUCAAGGACAGUAUCUUCGAGGCAAUGUUACCUUAUUCGUCCCAGAAGGUCAGCAUACACAGGGCGUACAACUCAAAUUUACGAGUAGAAUGUGGCUCGGGGAUCACACAGCACCUACAGAAAAUGCUGUCAAGUGGCAACACAAAGAAGAAACAGUCCAUAAUUGGAAUCCUUUCCUUGUGGGCGACCAAAUAGGAAAGCCAGUUACAAAUGGCAAACAAUACGAUUGGUCAUUUGAGCUCUUUAUUCGAGGCGAUCAAGAAGAGACGUUCAAAGGUUGCACUCGUUGCAGCAUCACCUACCUACUUGAAGCGUCAACCAUCCAUUUAGACCCUUCCAAAGAUGCGCGCUCCUUUGCACCGAUUCGAAUUAUUCGAACACCGGCCUUUUCUUCAUAUGAGCUUAUGGAUUCCGCUUCGGCGCACGGAAAGUGGUCAACAAGAGCAGAGUACAACGUCUCGGUGCGACAUCGAGCAAUAGCAUUGGGCGGCCUGAUCCCCAUCGAGGCUCAAGUUGCACAACUGUGCUCGACGAACAACGUUUCAAAAGCCCGGUUCUACAUGCGAGAAACACAUACUGUUGAGGCCAAUUGUACCUCGGGGAGUAUGGCCUAUGAAGGGCAGCGCGUUGUCACUGAAUGGCCUCUGACCUUGGAACAGCAGGGGCAAUUACAAUCUUGGCAGCAAUGUUUACAUCUUCCACUUGCCAUGAGAAAUUGCUCCCCGGAUAUUUCUUUGCCCGGUAUAACAGUUAGUCACACUUUACAUUUCGAAGUAACAAUUGUCACAGAUGGUGUCACAACAGAGGAUGAUGUUUCCAUACCAAUAUAUUUGUUUAUUUCGCCUGAGUUACCUGUCAAUGGCUGGGGAAUUUUUGUGCAACAAAACGACAUCACAUCGAAGGAGGUUAAGGAUCUAUUAGCUGAAGGCCUAAGGGUUCCGCCACGAUAUUGUAGGGGAGACUUUGGUCUGGAAGGAUAUGGAAUGCCGGUUGGUACGCCACCGCCGGCAUAUAGCGAAUGCCAAUAG